AUGCUGCGAAGGCUGCAGUUCCUCAGACAGGUCAGGGCUAUCUGCUCAAAUCGGCCGCUGAGUGUAUGUUCCAGCCAGGAGAGUACGUGUUCCGUGUGUGUAUGGACGUCUUCGGGUCGCUGUUUAUUGAAGCAGGGAUGUCGGAGGCUCCGCGUACAGCCGAGCCACAUGACAGUAUGCUCUGUAGCACGGGACUCGGUCUUCUUCACAACCACAGGAUCAGUACGUCGGCACAGAGACUUUCCGGGUGCGGGUCGUUUCUCCUUACUCCUCCAGCAGAAUGCUGAGGAGGAGCAUGCGUUCACGGAACGGCUCUCGUCCUGCACCUCCUCCAGACAGGUGCUGCGCCACUUGCGCACCUUUCGCCUGCUCUCCGGAGCCAUGGCAGCUGCCGUGCUCCACCGACUGGCAGAUUUGGAGCAAGAUGGAGCGGGCGGACUGCGAGAGCUAGCGAUACUAUCGGACUCGAGCCUAAAAGCGCUCUGUUUUCAACUAGAGCAGGACUCAUGUCUUCUUGAUGACGAAGCAGUGGUUUGGGCCUUGCUUGGGUGCACGCGACUCUACCUGGACCCUUGGAGCCGGCUGGUGGUGCGGCUGGUGUCAGAGAGCCAAGAGAGGCUGGACAAGGGAAAGCUGAGUGUUAGCGCACUUUGCAGACUAGCACAGGCACUCCUGGUACUGGAAGGACCCAAUUGUGGCAUGCUAGUACAGGCUAUGGGGCAGUUACAGGAGAGGGACCCGACACAGUGGGGUUCUGAAGAACUUAGGUUGGUGUACAGGACGUUUGGAGCCGGCGUUGGUGAGGAUGGACGGUAUCAAGAGCUUCUGAAUGCCGUCAACGCCCAUGCUCUCAGCCUUGCCUCCAAACUUGACCCUUCGUCUGUCAGCGAAAUACUCGGAGCGCUGGUGAUUCUGAGGCAAACGCAGGCGUUACCGCUGGUCAUCGCCCUGUGCAAGCAGGCUGUGCGCCACGUGCCGAACUUCGCCGACAGUGAGUUGGCCGUGGUGCUGGGUGCAUUAAUGCACUACGGACACAGCGAUCAUUUCUUCAUCGAAGCGCUCGAACGCCACGUUCCCAAGAUCGCUUUUACCGCUCAUCCGGAGACCGUUACCAAGGUGAUGCAGUACUUUGGCAGGCGCUGCAUCCUCUCGCCCCCAGUGUUUGAUGCCGUGGCCGAAAGCUUCGUAUACAGGGCGGAUGACUACACUACAGGGCAGGUGGCUCGGCAGAUCGCUGCGCUGGGAGUUUUGGGUUAUGUACCGCCCAACGCGGGACCCCUGUUCCGAAAGGUUGAGUCUUUGAUUCACGCGCGAUUUAGCCAAUUCCAGCCAAGAAUGCUGCUCAGGCUACUGCACGCCUGCACACUGCUCCAGAGAUACCCGCUAAACUUCGUGUCCAGAAUCUUCAGCCCUUACUUCCUUCAGCAGCUACAGGAGCAGGACACAGGGAUGGAUCGAAUGGUGUUGGCCCAAUUAACUCAGCUGUAUAUGAGUGUUAAACUAGAGUGCCCAUUCUAUGAGGGUCCGAGACUGUUGCCUAAGCUGCGUGUGAAGUCGUUCCUGUCUCCGGGCCAGGCCCUGGAAACACCAGUAGACCCUCAACUCUACAACGCAGUGAAAUCAGGGCUCGUCGACCUACUAGGAGCACGCUCGUACUUUGCCUCACGCGUGCUCACUCCAUACUGUUACACAUUAGAUGUGGAGGUAAAGCUGGAUGAGGAUGGCUAUGUUUUACCUGCCAGUCACAUAGAUGAAGUCUAUAAAAGGAUCGCACUGUGUAUUGACGGCCCAAAACGUUUUGCUGCUAACACCCUACAACUUCUCGGGAAAGAGGCCAUCAAACAGCGGCACCUCCAAAUUCUUGGUUAUGAAGUGGUCCAAAUCCCUUACUACGAGUUUGAGAAAGUGAAAGGGAAAGCAGAGACUGUGGAAUAUUUGCACAAGAAGAUCUUCCCCCUGAGUUACAGACUAAGCUGGUGAUCACCUGAUCACUAUAUUCACCAUUCACUCACACCUCAAUAGUGCGUGUGUGUGUAUGUGUGUUUAUGGGUGCUUAU